UUUGCCACUUUUUCCGCCAUCGUUAUAUUUAUUUGUCCUUUUUCCGAAAUAAUUCAUUUAUUAAUUGAUUUAUCGAAUUAACUGGCAGUUUUUAUUGAUUUUCAUAAUGUUUGUUCACUCAGUGGCUAUUGUAUAGUCAUUCAAAGUGUCACUCAGUGAUUGUUUUCUUCAAAUAAUGUUGAGUCGAUGUCGUAAUUUCAACUGAAGCAAAUCAAGAUGAAAUUUCGCGAAGCCCGUGAAAUGCCUGUAUUGGACAGGAUUGAAGUGGAAAACUUCAAAUCCUACAAAGGACAAAUUACAAUCGGUCCUUUGAAGACUUUUAAUGCUGUUAUAGGACCAAAUGGAUCUGGUAAAUCCAAUUUCAUGGACGCCAUCAGUUUUGUUAUGGGAGAGAAAACACAAGCGCUUCGAGUCAAAAGAUUGAAUGAUUUGAUUCACGGAGCUUCAAUCGGUCAACCAAUCUCUACUCGAGCUUCGGUCACUGCUGUUUUCAAAAUGAACGAUGGAUCGGAGAAAAAAUUCACUCGUUCUGUACGUGGAACUGGCGCUGAACAAAAAAUAGAUGGCGAAGAAGUUACGCUCCCUGAAUACUUGGAUGCCUUGGACUCUUUAGGAAUUAACGCAAAAGCUAAAAAUUUCCUAGUAUUUCAAGGCGCUGUAGAAUCCAUCGCUAUGAAAAAUCCCAAAGAGCGUACUGUACUUUUUGAAGAGAUCAGCGGUUCUGGAGCUUUAAAAGAAGAAUACGAACGUUUGAAGCAAGAAAUGUUGAAAGCCGAAGAAGAAACCAAUUUUACGUAUUUGAAAAAGAGAGGCGUUGUUGCAGAACGAAAAGAAGCUAGAAUCGAGAAAGAAGAGGCGGAAAAAUACCAGAGACUGAAAGAGGAACUGGCCGCGAAAGAAGUCGAGUAUCAGCUAUAUAGGCUUUACCAUAACGAAAAUGAUAUCCAGUCGUUGGAACAAGAAAUAGAGAGUAAAAAGAAAGAAAUGCAAAAAAUCGAAAACAAGAAAAACAAAGCCGAAGAAGUUCUGAAAGAACGUAAAAAAGAACAAGGAAAAUCAGCCCGAGAAUUGGCGAAAAUCGAACAAGAAAUUAGAGAAGUUGAAGUUGAAAUCAACAAAAAAAGACCAUCGUUUAUCAAAUCCAAGGAACGUGUCGCUCAUAUUCAAAAGAAACUGAAUUCAGCUAAAAAAUCUCUCGAAGAAGUUCGCCGAGCCGACGAAGCUCAUAAAAAAGAUAUCGAAGAACUCGAGCACGAGCUCGCUGAACUCGAAGCGCAAAGAAAAGAAUACGAAGAUUUACUAGCCGGCGAAAGUCAAAGUCAAGGUAGAGACGUGCAAUUGGAAGAUGCUCAGGUCAGAGAAUACAACAUGUUGAAAGUAGAAGCCCAGAAGCAGUCAGCUCGCUAUUUACAAGAAUUGGACUCCGUGAAUCGAGAACAAAAAGCCGAUCAGGAUAAAUUAGAUAACGAACUCCGACUACGAUCUGAUCUCGAAACGAAAAUCAAACAGAAAACUCACGAAAGAGAAGAAGCUCAAAAACGCGUCGAUAAAUUAACCGAACACAUCAAAGCCAGCGAAAAUGGACUCGAAGAGCAAAAUCGUUUAUUCGAAGAACUCGAAAAAGAUGUCGGAAAUUCCAAAGAACGUGUAGCUAAAUUGCAAAAAGAGUUCGAUAACGUAACCGAACAACUCGGCGAUGCCAAAGUCGACAAACACGACGAUAAUCGACGUAAAAAGAAACAAGAAUUGGUGGAAAACUUCAAAAGAGCUUAUCCCGGCGUUUAUGAUCGUAUGAUAAAUAUGUGUCAUCCGAUCAGUAAUCGAUAUAACGUAGCCAUUACCAAAGUUUUGGGCAAAUACAUGGAAGCCAUUAUCGUAGAUUCCGAAGCCACCGCUAGAUUAUGUAUUCAAUACUUGAAAGAUCAUCUUCUGGAUCCUGAAACAUUCCUGCCCAUCGAUUAUUUGCAAACGAAACCUUUGAAAGAACGUUUAAGAAACAUUCGCGAUCCAAAAGGUGUAAAAUUAUUAUACGACGUUUUAGAGUUCGACAACGAAAUCAGCAGAGUCGUGCUGUUCGCCACGAACAACGCUCUAGUUUGCGAAACACCCGAAGACGCUAUGCACGUAGCCUACGAAAUGGAACGCGAAGGUCGUUACGACGCCGUCGCUCUGGAUGGCACUUUUUACCAAAAAUCCGGUAUAAUCUCCGGCGGUAGUUUGGAUUUAGCUCGUAAAGCCAAACGUUGGGAUGAGAAACACAUGUCUCAAUUAAAAGCGACCAAAGAAAAACUAACCGACGAAUUACGCGAAGCGAUGAAACAGUCCAGAAAGGAAUCCGAACUGAAUACAGUCGAUUCCCAACGUAAAGGUUUAGCCGUACGUUUAAAAUACGCCAAAUCCGACCGAGAACGUACGUUGAAGCAGAUCAACGACCUGCGAAAAGAAUUAGAACAGCUCGAAAAUAAACUCGAAGGAAGCGGUCCUCGUAUCGAGAAAAUCGAGAACACGAUGCGAGCUCGAGAUCAAGAUAUUCAAGAAAUGAAAGAAAGAAUGAACCGUGUGGAAGACGACGUAUUCGCCGAUUUUUGCCAACGAAUAGGUAUGUCGAAUAUUCGACAAUACGAAGAGCGAGAAUUACGUUCGCAGCAAGAACGUGCCAAGAAACGUUUAGAAUUCGAGAAUCAGAAAAAUCGUAUCAUGAGCCAGCUGGAUUUCGAACGUGCGAAAGAUACGCAAAACAACGUGCUACGUUGGGAACGCGCCGUUAACGAUGACGAAGACGAAUUGGAACGAGCCAAAUUAGCCGAAAAGAACCAGAUGAAAGAUAUCGAAAAGGAUAUGGCCGAAGUUGACCGUUUGAAAGCUACCAAAUUGACGAAGAAAACCGAAGUCGAUUCGAUGGAGGAACACAUCAGUAAAGCCAGAAAAGACGUAGGUGUCUUAGCCAAAGAAAUACAAUCAGUGCAGAAGCAAAUUUCCUCAUUUGAGGGUAAACUCGAAGCACGAAAGAGUGAUCGUCACAGCAUACUGAAACAAUGUAAAAUGGAAGACGUCAAUAUCCCCUUGCUGGACGGUAGUCUGGAAGAUAUCGCUCAAGAUUCUAAUUCUCAAGAAUCCAACGAUAGAGACAGCUCGGCCAUGAAUCAGAUGAUCUACGAUCGUGUCAGCAGAAUAGUCGUCGAUUAUUCUUCGUUAUCCGAUCAUUUGAAAGAAUUAGACGACUCGGACGACAUUCGCAAAAUGGAUUCUAAAUUGACGAAAUCCAUCAACGAUUUGUCUAUAACUCUGCAGAAAAUUCAAGCUCCUAAUCUUAGGGCGAUGCAAAAGCUCGAUCAAGCUCGAGAACGUCUCCAAGAAACCGACAGAGAAUUCAAUUCAGCUCGUGAACGUGCCAAGAAAGCCAAACGAGCUUUCGAAAGCAUCAAAAAGAAACGAUACGACAAAUUCAUGAACUGUUUCGAACACGUUGCCAACGAAAUUGAUUUCAUUUACAAGUCGCUGGCCCAAAAUCAGUCCGCUCAAGCAUUUUUGGGUCCAGAAAAUCCCGAAGAACCGUACCUAGAUGGUAUCAAUUACAAUUGCGUAGCACCUGGAAAACGUUUCCAAACAAUGUCCAAUUUAUCUGGUGGUGAAAAAACGGUCGCAGCUUUGGCCCUUUUAUUCGCCAUUCACAGUUAUCAGCCAGCUCCAUUUUUCGUAUUGGAUGAAAUCGAUGCGGCCUUAGACAACACGAACAUUGGUAAAGUGGCCACCUACAUUCGUCAAAAACAAGAUCAGUUGCAAACUAUCGUCAUUUCGCUCAAAGAAGAAUUUUAUUCGCACGCUGACGCCUUGAUUGGUAUUUGUCCAGAUGAAGGUGAAUGUUUGGUGAGCAAAGUUCUAACUAUUUCGUUAACGGAUUGUCCUAUGAAUUGAGACGGAGCUGCUGAAGUUUUUGUUUAAAAUUAGAAUCAUUUUGUUAUUAUUAAUUUAAGUACAUAUGUAUUUGUGAUCGAUGAAAAUUUUACUUCAUUUCUUGUAAAUUGUGAAUAAGAAUAUUAGAAUAUUUAUUUUUCCAUGGAAUUAAUUUUCAAACUACAUUUUAUUGAUAUUGUAUUGAAUAUUUGUAGUGUUGUUCUGGGCAAUACGAUGCUUCGUUCAUAUUGACUUUUACUUAUACUAGAAGAGAUGUUUUUUUUUUAUUUAUUUUUAUUUUAAAUUGGUAUAAAUAAGUGUUUGAAAUGUAAAUGUUUUAUUGUAAUAAACAUAGUACAUCUUGAA